AUGGCUGACUUUGUCCUGAGUUUCGUAGUAGAUGCAGCACUGUCCAGGGUGGUUUCACUCAUCACUGAUGAAAUCAUCCUGGCUUGGAAUCUUAAGGAUGACUUGAAAGGCCUACAAGAAUCUCUCACAAUGAUUCGUGCUGUGCUUCAAGAUACAGAGGAGCAACAAACGACGAGGGAGCCUGUGAGACUUUGGCUGAAGAAGCUCCAAGAAGCAGCUUAUGAUGCUGAAGAUGUGUUCGAUGAGUUGGCCUAUGAGAAUCUUCGACGGAAGGUUGAAAUGCAAGACCAAUCGGGAAGGGAGGUAAACAAAUUCUUUUCAUUCUCCAAAGGCACUCGUUAUGUUAAAAAAGCUGCAUUUCAUUUCAAAAUGGCACGCAAAGUUAAGAAUAUAAAUGACUUGUUGAAUAAGAUUAAGAAUGAAGCUAUGGGUUUUGGACUUCAAGCUGUAAGUAGAGAUAGAAUAAUGCGUCUAAUCAACUUGUAUCGGGUCACAGAUUCGGUCCUUGACAACCCAGUUGUGGGGAGGGAAGCUAAUGUUGCUAAAAUUGUGAACUUGUUGAGUUGUUCCAGUGAUCAACAAGUUUUUACCAUUGUUCCUAUAGUGGGGAUGGGCGGCUUAGGAAAGACAGCCUUAGCUAAAUUGGGGAAAUGUUGCAAACUCUCAAUGGGUGGGUUGACCAACAAAGAUGCGAUACUUCAGGAGCUUGAAAAGGCAUUAGAGGGGAAAAAAUUUAUACUUGUUCUUGAUGAUGUAUGGAAUGAUGUAGUAACGAGGUGGGAUGAUAAAAAGAUCUGUUCGGAAAAAAUUAGUAAUAACAAUGGAAAUGCUAUUGUUGUCACUACUCGGAGUGAGGAAGUGGCAUCAAAAGUUGAGACUACUACUUCAUUCAGGCAUAAAUUGAAUUUGUUGUCUGAUGAUGACUGUUGGUCCAUUGUGAAGGAAAGAGCGUUCGGAAAUGGACCAUUAAUCUCUCUAGACUCAAACUUGGAGGCCAUUGGAAAGGAGAUUGCAAAAAAAUGCAGAGGAGUGCCGUUAGCUGCAAAAGUUCUCGGCGGGACAAUGGGUUUCAAUAGGGAUAAAAAUGCAGGGUUGUUAAUUGAAAAAAGUGAAGUUCUGAAUGCAUCGCAUAACAAGGAUAAUGUUGUGUCUAUACUAAAACUAAGUUUUGAUCACUUGCCUUUAUACUUGAAGUCAUGUUUUGCAUAUUGUUCAAUUUUCCCAAAAGAUUUUGAGAUUGCAAAAGAAGAAUUAAUUCAGCUUUGGAUGGCUGAAGGUCUUCUUAAGCCAUCUAAUAAAGAUGAAGGCUACAAGUAUUUUAAUGUCUUGCUUCAGAAUUCCUUUUUUCAAAAUGUGGAAAGGGAUCAAUAUGAGAAAAUUAGAUGGUGCAAAAUGCAUGAUCUUGCAUUGUCUUUUUCAAAGUCUGAAACAUUAACUUUGGAGAAUUGUUCAACAAGUGAUGAUAUGUUUUCUAUUCGUCGUUUAUAUGUAAAUCGUGAUAAUACAGCGACUUUAAUGGCAUGUUCAAAAGGGGGUGCUAAGAAGUUGCGAAGUUUAUUCAUAAAGGAUAUUGUCUUUGAUGGGUCUUGGAAGUUGAAAAGGUUGCGGACUCUAAACUUGAACGGUGCUAAUAUUGAAGAGUUGCCAUCUUCAAUUAGCAAGUUGAAACAUUUGAGGUACCUUGACAUCUCAGAGACUAAAAUCGAAGCGUUUCCUGGAUCAAUUACUGAACUCUACGAUUUGCAAACAUUGAGAUUCAUUUGGUGCAAUUCACUUAAGCAGGAGGUUCCUAGAAAUAAAAUGUGCAAUCUGAUCAGCUUCAGGCAUGUCAUAUUUUCUAGAGAUGACCAUAUGCCUUCUAUGGUGGGGCGGUUAACUUGUCUUGAAACACUGCCAUUGUUUGUUGUGAGUCCUAAUAGGGGAGGUAGCAUCCAAGAACUAGAAUGCUUAAACCAGCUAAGCGGGAAGUUGGAAAUAAAUCAUCUUGAGGAGGUGAGUGACAAAGAGGAAGCUAAGAAAUCAAACCUGCAGAAGAAAAUAAAAAUAAAAGCCUUGCGAUUUACAUGGAGUGAUGGAAGAGAAAUCAUAAGCAAUGAUGAGGAAGUUAUUUGA